AUGAAAACUGACGAUGAUCGAAAAGAAUGGAAAAAGCCUCGUGUAGGCCAAACAAUAAGAAUGUACUGCGCUGCAAAAUGGUUCCAUAUAUCUUUUCGAAAAUCUUCAGUAUUCAUAGGUAUUAUGAUAACAAUCGUUAUUGUAAUAAUGAAUUUAACCAAUUCCAAGCAAAAAACACAAGAUUUUCCGCAGAUUAUUUAUUAUAUGCGUCAUUUUCAAGCCAAACACAAUGUUGAUGGGAAAUAUCUUCAAGUACUUGAUCCAGAUUUGACAGAAUUUGGAUUUCAACAAGACCUAUUUAUCGUUAUUUCACGACGUCCAAAAGCGUCAACGAAUACCAUUCAUGAGAUUGGUGAAAUUCCAGCUGAUACGGCUCGUUCAAAAGAACAAUUGAAACAAAAGUUUCCUGAAUUGUCAUCAAUCAUCGAUCGUGAUUUAGUAGAAGGUUUCAACGAUAAAAAUAAUUCAUUGUAUAAAAAUUCAUUGGAGAAUGUGAAACAACGCAUCAGCAGAUUUCAUCAACGCUUGUGGGAACAACGGAAAGAAAAACAUAUUUUGAUCAUAACACAUGCUGGUUGGCUGACUAGAGCAUUGAAUCAGAGAGAGCCAUCAAAUGGAGAAAUUAUUAAAAAGAUUUAUACCAAUUCCGUUGUGUAA